UAAUUAGAAACUAGGAAAGCUAAAAUUGGAGUAACUUUGCGAUCAGUGUUGUAGAGGAGUCGUUAUGGACUAGUUUUAUAAGGUGUUCGUUGAAUUUGUUUAUUUCAAGUGUCAGUGGGGACAAUAGAACAUUAUUUAUUUUAUUCGGUAUAUAAAAUGGCAUUACCAGAUAGAGAUACAAUGAUUAGACAGGGGAGUAUAGAUGAUAUUAAUGCUCAGCAAUUUCUGAAGAUAUCCAAUUAUGAAGAUACUGUUAGGCAGCUAGAUAUAUAUUAUGCAAUUGUGAAAAGACAAUUGCUCCGGUUUCAAAGUCCGAUCACUGGACUAUUUCCAGUGCUAUCCUCUGACCUCCACAUUGGUAGUGUGAGGGAUAGUAUCUACUGUGCAGCUGCAGUAUGGGGCCUAUACCAAGCAUACAGACGCAUCGACGACGAUCGCGGCAAGUCGCACGAGCUCGGCCAGAGCACGGUCAAAUGCAUGCGUGGAAUCCUCGAGUGCUGGGUGAAGCAGUCCGCUCGCGUCGAGGCGUUCAAGACGAGGCAGAUGGCCGCGCACGCACUGCACGUCAAGUUCCACCUCACAACUGGGGAGCCAGUGCUGUCAGAUAACCAGUACCAUCACCUGCAGAUAGAUGUUGUUUCAUUAUAUCUGCUGUUUCUUGUGCAGAUGAUUACGUCGGGCCUGCAAAUUAUAUAUACGCAGGAUGAAGUAGCUUUUAUACAAAACUUGGUGUAUUAUGUGGAGCGAGCAUAUAGGACGCCAGAUUAUGGAAUGUGGGAGCGCGGCUCUAAAUACAAUGACGGCAAACCAGAAAUCCAUGCUUCAUCCAUAGGCAUGGCAAAGGCCGCAUUGGAAGCGAUAAACGGCUGCAACCUGUUCGGAGACAAGGGCGCGUCGUGGAGCGUGGUGUAUGUGGACAUUGACGCACAUAACCGCAAUAGGAGUAUAUUCGAAACUAUGCUGCCGAGGGAAUCUAGUUCUAAGGGCGUCGACGUAGCUCUCCUACCGACUAUAUCAUUCCCAGCGUUCGCCACGCAUGAAGACCAUUUAUUUCAACUGACCAAAUCCAACAUUCUCCGGCGCUUACAAGGCAAAUACGGCUUCAAACGGUUCAGCCGCGACGGUUACAAAUGCGUACUAGAGGACCCUACUCGUAGAUACUACAAUGAGGGAGAACUCAAGGAAUUUGAUGGGAUAGAGUCCGAGUGGCCGCUCUUUUACGUUAUGAUGAUCAUUGACGGGGUGUUUAGGACGUUACCCGAUCAGGUUGAGGAGUACCAGAGGUUACUGAAGGCCAGGAUAUAUAUGGAUGAGUUUGGAGAUCCCGUGAUUCCGUGGUUUUAUUAUGUUCCUCGGGAAGGAAUAGAGAACGAGCGUAACGAGCCAUAUUCAGUCCGUCGGAUGCCAGCCAACCAACCCGGCGACGACAGCAAAGACACAGGAGGCCUGUUCCUUUGGGCGCAGUCCAUGUUCGUGCUGGCGCAGCUGCUAACGGGAGGGCUGCUGCACGUGAACGAGCUGGAUCCCAUCCGCCGCUACCUGCCCUCCUACAACCGGCCGCGACGCGCCGGCCGCUACUCCGCCUUCCAGGCCAAGCCAGCGUUUGGCAUAGCGACAGACUUGGUGGUGCAAGUGGUUUUGAUUGCGGAGUCCAUGCGUCUGCAGGCCAUGAUGGGUACUUACGGCAUCCAGACCCAGACGCCACAUGAAGUUGAACCAGUCCAGAUUUGCAGUUCAACACAAUUAGUGCACGUGUACAGACAGCUGGGCGUUUGUCCUAAACUGAAGUUGACGGGCCGCCCGAUCCGACCCGUUGGCUCGCUGGGAACCAGUAAGAUCUACCGCGUGUGCGGGAUGACAGUGCUAUGCUACCCGCUGAUAUUCGAGGUGUCGGAGUUCUACCUGUACCGCGACAUGGCGCUGCUCAUCGACGACAUCAAGACAGAGUUGCAGUUUGUUGGCAAAUACUGGCGUCUGUCCGGGAGGCCGACGGUGUGUCUCCUGGUGCGGGAGGAGCAUAUGCGUGACCCGCACUUCAAGCAGAUGCUGGACCUAUUCGCGAUGCUCAAGAAGGGCCAUUGCGACGGCGUCAAGGUCCGCCUCGGGCGCCUGCAGAACCUCAUCUCUAGCUCCUGCAUGGAGCACUUGGACUUCAUGAGCCAAGGCGACUUCCCAUCAGAGAUGUUCACUCAGUUCAGGCAGCUCGAACACGAAUACAUCGGUUACCAGUCCCUUACGGACGUGCCGCGGACGCUCACCUACCGCGAGGAGAACCUGUGCUACGACUCGUACAAGAACCGUUCCACUGCGGACGUCGUAGCUGCGUUACGGGGCACGGACAAUAUAUUCGCCCAGUGCCAGCUUUGGGGUAUUUUGAAAGACAGAGAAGGAGCUAUGUAUGAGGUGAACGGCACGACCGCCCUAGACGCUUUGAAGAGCCUCUACCACAGUGCAGGUGUCCUGCGCCACUGGCGCGCCGUGCGGUACUGCUCGUCGCUGCUCAACCACACCGUCGACUCCAUCAGCCCCUUCAUCACCACCGUGCUGGUCAACGGCAAGCAGCUUACCGUAGGCGUGAUCGGGCAGAAAGAAACUGUGUUCGAUAAACCGAUGACGCCGGGCGAAAUUCAAUCCGUUAUGUACUCCACCAUUCAGCCUUAUGAUGUCAUCGGAGCCGUACUGCAACAGGAAAUCGUGCUGUACUGCGGCCGUCUGAUCGGCACGAGCCCCGAGAUGUUCCGCGGCAUCCUCAAGAUCCGCGUGGGCUGGGUGCUGGAGGCCAUCCGCACGUACCUGCGGCUGUUCCCCGGCGAGGCCCGCGCGGGCGCGCCUCUCGAGGCUCUCUCGCCGUAUCGCCUGAGGACGCUGCUGCAGAGGGUGUUGACCGUUUCCGACUGGGCCGAUGAGGAGGGAUUGACUCCGUUACAAAGGCGACAACUGGAAGGCUGCCUGUGCCGCGUGCCCAAGCACUUCUACAUACAAGUGUGGGACAUACUGCUGCGCACGCCUAAAGGGAUAACUAUCCAUGGUCACUGCAUUCCCGCGUGCCCCACGCUAGUCAACAUGUCCCGCUCGGAGCUAUCGUUCGCUCUGCUGGUCGAAGGAGCUCUGGUCCGCGCACCGUCGGCCGCGAGGCGACAGCUGUGUGUGGAGCUCUUGUGUGUGGUGGCCGCCAUCUUGCGACGGAACCCCGAGCUGUGUCUUCAGGCGCUCGACCUUGACAAGCUGCUACAAGAUGCCCAUCACACUUACGCUAAGGACAGCGGAGUGGUGGAUGAGGAGGAGCCGCUGGCGUCGGCGCCGGCGCCCGUGAGCGUGGGCUACCUGGCGCGCGCCGUGGUGAACAGCGUGCUGCAGGAGUCCGCGCUGCCCGACCUGUCGCUCGCCGCGCACGACUCCUGCCUGGUGUCCUAAGUCGGCGCCGGCGCCCGUGAGCGUGGGCUACCUGGCGCGCGCCGUGGUGAACAGCGUGCUGCAGGAGUCCGCGCUGCCCGACCUGUCGCUCGCCGCGCACGACUCCUGCCUGGUGUCCUAAGUCGGCGCCGGCGCCCGUGAGCGUGGGCUACCUGGCGCGCGCCGUGGUGAACAGCGUGCUGCAGGAGUCCGCGCUGCCCGACCUGUCGCUCGCCGCGCACGACUCCUGCCUGGUGUCCUAAGUCGGCGCCGGCGCCCGUGAGCGUGGGCUACCUGGCGCGCGCCGUGGUGAACAGCGUGCUGCAGGAGUCCGCGCUGCCCGACCUGUCGCUCGCCGCGCACGACUCCUGCCUGGUGUCCUAAGUCGGCGCCGGCGCCCGUGAGCGUGGGCUACCUGGCGCGCGCCGUGGUGAACAGCGUGCUGCAGGAGUCCGCGCUGCCCGACCUGUCGCUCGCCGCGCACGACUCCUGCCUGGUGUCCUAAGUCGGCGCCGGCGCCCGUGAGCGUGGGCUACCUGGCGCGCGCCGUGGUGAACAGCGUGCUGCAGGAGUCCGCGCUGCCCGACCUGUCGCUCGCCGCGCACGACUCCUGCCUGGUGUCCUAAGUCGGCGCCGGCGCCCGUGAGCGUGGGCUACCUGGCGCGCGCCGUGGUGAACAGCGUGCUGCAGGAGUCCGCGCUGCCCGACCUGUCGCUCGCCGCGCACGACUCCUGCCUAGUGUCCUAAACGAACGAUCUCUAGGCGUAGAUCGAGGAAUUGUAACGUGUUCCAUGAAAUCAUAAGCUCGAUGUCUGUCGUGAUGUGCUAUGAUGUGGUCGUGCGCCAUGUGCUAGACGCUGCGAGCGAUCGUAAUUUAAAUCGGCUCUUUAGUAUUGGAAGAUUUAUCGUUAAAGUGGUUUUUCUAUUUCAAAACGAACUUAUAUGUGAUAUUAAAGGGAAUGUAGUGUAGCUUAUUUGCCUUCUUUUAUCUUUACAAAAUAUUAACGCUGUCGUAACCUAUUAGUUCAAAAUGUGCUGUGCCAUGUCUUAAAAUUGGAUAUUCCUUAGGAAUAAUUUAUAUUACUGUAGUUCAUCAUAUUUUAACUGAAAAACGCGAUUCUUGAGCACUUUUACAUGUCAGCUUCUACGAGGCUGCACCCCGACCGGGCAUCAUAUUACUUCCAUUGUCAGUCAGACUGUUCAAGGGACAUUCAUUUUAUUUCAUUCAUUGUUUUUUUUUUUUGUGUUCCUUCUUGUAACGAUUAAUUUUCUAUCGAAUAUAAGUAUAAAUGUAAUGUAUGAAUAAUGUAAAUAUAAUGUAUAAAGAAACGAUUGCCAUCGCUGCUUUCACGUAAAGGCAGGGACAUGUAGGUAUUACUUUACAUGAAAUUGUAUAACAUUAUUCAUAAUAAUAUUGUUAUAAUGAAUAAUGUUAUACAAUAAUAUAUAUAGGGUUAUAUUAUUUAAUAUUAAUUUCAUGUAAAGUAAUACCUACAUGUCCCUGCCCUUACGUGAAAGCAGCGAUGGCAAUCGUUUCUUUAUUUUAUCGACAAUCCCUUUAAAUUCCACGAUUUAAAAAAUGCCAUGCAGUGAGUUUUACUCGGCGCGUGACCUCAUUCCUAAAUUUACUAGAGACUAGACUCGGCGAUUUAAUUAGUAAGCUUAUACUAGUGUUUUUAGCCCAUGAUGAGUGAUGACAGAUAUAUUUUACUUGUGCAAUGUAUAGCUGGCUGGAAGGGGAUUCUGCUGGGGCAAUCGAUUAUACAAAGUUCCGAUGACGUAUUAUUAUGAUGACACAAAUAUGUUUUGGUGAAUAUCAUCCGAAUGAGUACGCAGGUACCUACUGAGGAAAUACAUAAGUUUCACAUUUAUAAAGUAAUAAACCUAUAAAAAAUGUAAUUAGCAUUAGAGCAAUAUGAGUUGGUUAGUGAUUUUGUAUCAUUACGUUUUGUAUGUAAUAUUCACGACAUUUUUGUAAAAUACAGGUUCCUAUUUUUAAGUGCCAUGGCCCCAUUUAAUGCGUGACAUUUUGCGUAUAGCUGUGAAAUUUACUUACCCCACAAGAGUUAAACUCUUUCUAUGAAUUCUAUGUCCAUGAACUUCCUUCUUGUGUAUGUAUGUUCAGCGAAAAUUCGUGGUUUCAGAUAAAUCAUCGAUUUUGUGAUCCUACUCAACUAUGUUUUGAGAACAUACUGCCAAGACAGCAAUCACAUUAAGAGUAGUUUUGCCUAGACAGUAAAGCCGAUAUUUGUAAGGCGGACUAUUUCCAAAAAGUUCAUUGUGGGUAAUCUGAACCUUAAUUUUGUUGUUGAAUAUGUUUAUAAAGUAUGUGUUAGAUAAAUAUAUUUUAUAUUAAUUAUACUGUUUCAAAAGACAAAUAAAUGUAAUAUAAUGUUUA